ACGAGUUAAGACAACAAGAAGGGUUUAGUUCGGUUUUAACGGAGAACAAACAAAUCCAAUAUGACGUCACCUGCCGGUCAUCAAUGUCAGGCCACACUUAAUCCUCGUCUCUCCUAUUCCGAUUUCCUCCCACCAGAAAAAAAAAAAAAAAAAUUUCCUUUGUUUCGAUCGUAUCCUACGCCGUAACUUCCUCCCGGUGCGCACGUUAGCAGUAAGUACCCCCGAAGAAUGGAGACGACAACGACGACGCCGCAGUCAAAAUCGAGUGGCUCCCACCGUCCGCCGUUGGGAAGAGAAGACUGGUGGAGCGAGGAAGCGACGGCGACGCUGGUCGAAGCUUGGGGUAAUCGUUACGUCAAGCUCCACCACGGAAACCUCCGGCAGAAUGACUGGAAAGAUGUCGCCGACGCCGUUAACUCUAGGCACGGCGAUAACGCCCGCGCAAAGACCGACGUACAGUGUAAGAACCGGAUCGAUACCUUGAAGAAGAAGUACAAAACAGAGAAGGCUAAACUCUCGCCGUCGACUUGGCGUUUCUUUGACCGCCUCGAUUUCUUGAUCGGUCCUGUUGUAAAGAAAUCGACACGUGGUGGAGUGGUUGUCAAAUCAGUGGUGCCUGUUGUGAACCCUAGUCAUCUGACUCCAGCCGGAUCCGAAAGCUCUCUUGACGAUGAUGACGAUGAUGAUGAUGACGACGAGUCUAAUGAUUGGGAGUUUGUUGCUAGGAAGCAUCCUCGUGUGGAAGAAGUAGAUCUGAGUGAAGAAGGAUCGACGUGUAGGGAACUAGCUACGGCGAUUCUUAGGUUCGGGGAAGUGUACGAGAGGAUUGAAGGUAAGAAGCAGCAGAUGAUGAUUGAGUUGGAGAAGCAGAGAAUGGAAGUUACAAAGGAGGUAGAGUUAAAACGACUCAACAUGUUGAUGGAGAUGCAACUAGAGAUUGAGAAAUCUAAGCAACGGAAACGUAGAGUUGGUUCAGGUAUGGAAUUGUAGACUUGAGAUUGGUGGAGGAUGGUGAAGCAAAAAAUGCAAAGCAAAGAGGAAUUAGUUGGAUCUGAAGCUCAUUGAAAUGGGAGGACCCUGUUACUUUUUUCUAAUUUGUAGGAUAGAAGUUAAAGGACUCUCUAGGAUUGCUGUUUUUAACUUUCUAGUGUUUUAGGGGUACAUUGCUGUAAUGGAGCAACUCUUCCCCUACUCUUAAUAUCUGACAAGUAUGAUGUAGCUUUGUGAAGUGUCCAUGUAUUAUGGCUUGUUAAUCCAAUUUCUAACCAGCAGCUA